AUGCCACCGCUGCGCUUAGGAAGAGCUUCAAAAGCAUGUGAUCUAUGUCGAAAGAACAAAACGCGUUGUUAUGCCAAAGACGGGGUAGGCAAUACCUGUCUCCGCUGUUAUACUCUAUCUCUUUCGUGUUCCCUAGAAGAAAUAUUUGAUCCAGAAUCGUCCAAAUCACCAUCUGGGCAACAACAGAGAUAUGGUACCAGUCCUAGACAUUCUAGUGCUAGCCAACGGCUCUCUACAGAUUCGAGACUCGAAAGACUUGAACGAGCAGUUGGAGCUUUGGUGGAUCGCUUAGAUACACAAUCCAAAGAUCGAGGAAAUGCCUCGACGAACACCGAUGAGGCUAGACCCGAACAACCGAGGGCACCAGCCGAGCCAAAUCCAGCGCCCGUCAUUAUGAUCCGUGAAGCUGCUACUGAUGCUGCUAGGUUUCGCGUCCACUAUGGUCGUUGGGUCCGAUUUUCUGAAUAUGUCUCGACCGAGAAACUUCUGACCGAAGUAAGAAAGUCACCGCUGCUACUUUGCAGCGUUCUAUUAAUCGCGGUGCGACAUACAACACAAGAAUUUGCAGAUGAGCUCGCACCAAGCCUAUUCCGCGAAGCAAAGAGUUUGGUUUCACGGGCUCUGCUAGUGGUUCCACAGUUUAUAGAGCAUUUCCAAGCCAUCUUGAUAUUAAGUCUAUGGUCUACGACAAUUGGUCAACAACCUCUGAGCAUCGAUAGUUGGCUGUUGACUGGGUAUGCGCUUCAGCAGGGAUUCGCCAGUUCCUGUUUCCCUGACUUAUCAAAACUCAGACCGGGACAGGAAAUUGAAAAGAGCCAGGUUGAUGCUUGGUGCCUCUGGAAUCACCUCUGCGUUGCCCAUUUACAAUACUGUGUUGGCACACGGAGACAGACAAUGUUGACUCAGGAACAUAUUGAUCGGUGUUCUCAUCUUUUGGAAAAUGGAAGCCUCAAAAAUUAUGAAGCGAGGAUGGUAGCUGAAGUGAAGUUGUACUGGGUGAUAUACACAAAGUGCUGCCCACAAGGCUAUCAAGUCGAUUUACAAGAUGCCAAACUCGCCUUGCAAAAUUGGAAAAAGGAAUGGGCAAACUUAUUCGACGAGCCUCGUUCUCAGUUCCUUCAGAUGGGCUUCCACUUUGCGCACCUUCUCGCUUACUACCAAUCAGCCCGGUCACCGCAGUCAUUGAUGGAUGGAUCUAUAAUUUUGGAUAUGAUUGAUCUAUCUAGCACCAUCAUUAACCUGGCCAUGGACACGACAGAUGAUCGUACCCGCCACCUAACAGAUCAUAUCUACCAUCUCAUAACAUUCUCAGCCCUCACCCUUUGUCGUCUUGUACAGAUGUAUGAGGACCAGCUGCGCGUCUCCAAUGUCGAUGUCGAUAGUCUAGAUCGACUUGUUACCAAAUUGAUUACUUGGCUUCGCUCUAUCGGUUUGCCGUGUCAUGCUGCCCACUUGCUUAGCGAUAUUGUUUCAUCGCAGUUUCAAAAGCUGCGCCCGGGAGCUCAAUACGCACCCGCCAACGCUGGAGCAGGUUCUAUGGCGCAUUAUAAUACGCUAUCAGUUUUGGAUGCUUCACCCUUGUCAUCUAACGUGGGAUUCCUUUACCCCGAUCUUAUAGGAUCCGAGUUGUUUGAUAUAGACGACGGAACAGCAUCAUGGCCACAGUGGAGUUGA